AUGAGCCAGUGGCUUAUAAAGCUAUUCUUUAUGUCGGUUAAGUUUCUUUUUUCGCUUUCUUUUAAAACUGUUUAGAUUAGGGGCAUGCUAGUGAAGCGUUUCCUUGUGAAUUUGAUAUUUUGCCUUCAACAU